AUGCUGCCUGGGAGGCGCCGCAACAGCAAGGGCAAGGGGAGCAAGGGUGGUGGAGGGGACGGCGGAGGCGGUGGAGGAGGCGGGAGGGGUGGCGGUGGAGGUGGGGGUGGUGCCGGGAGUGGGGGCUACAGUGGCGGCGGUGGGGGUGGUGGAGGCAGCGGCGGAGGUGGUGGAGGCAGCGACAGCGGUGGUGGAGGCAGCGGCAGCGGUGGUGGCGGUGGCGGCGGCGGUGGUGCUGGUCGAGGUGCAGCCGCGCAGCGUGGAGGCUUUGGUGGUAGCCAGCGCCAGCAGCAGCCGCGUUCCCGUGAGACCCCGUCUGCCCAGCCGCUUCGUGAGUGGUACGCUCGGCACUGUCGCCGUGCUGCUGGUGCUGGAGCUGCUGGAGGUGCUGCUGGUGCUGGAGCUGCUGGAGCUGCUGCUGGUGCUGGAGCUGCUGGAGGUGCUGCUGGUGCUAGAGCUGCUCAAGGUGCUUCUGGUGCUGGAGCUGCUGGAGGUGCUGUUGGUGUUGGAGCUGCUGGAGGUGCUACUGGUGCUGGAGCUGCUGGAGCCGCUGGUCCUGGAGGUGCUCGUCCUGGAGGUACUGGAGCUGCUGGGGCUGGUGGUGCUGCAGGCGUUGGCGCUGCAGGUACUUGUGCUGCUGGUGCUGGAGCUACUAGAGGUGCUGCUGGUGCUGGAGCUGCUAGAGGUGCUGCUGGUGCUGGUGCUGUAGGAGGUGCUGCUGGUGCUGGAGCUGCUGGGGCCGCUGGUCCUGGAGGUGCUCGUACUGGAGGUACUGGAGCUGCAGGAGCUGGUGGUGUUGCAGGCGGUGGCGCUAUAGCGUGUCCCUCUGCCGUCUCCUCCUGCGUCCUCUCUUCCUGA